CUUUUUUUUUUUGAAAUUUUGUUUUCGUCUUUUUUCCUUUCUGUGAAUAUCAAACGUGAAGCAAGCCACACAAUAUGGAAUCCAGUGUCAAGCAAGACACGUACACUUGUCAUUCACCAUACAAAAGCACAUUAGAGUGACGUGGAAACUAACACCCCAUCCAUUCUCCUUGCCUUUAUUCCCACACAUAAAGCCUCCAUGUAAUCUUCAACAGGAACCAACAACCAGAGGAAGAGGAGGAAGGAAGAAGAAGCAAAGGAAGAAGACAAAGAAGCAGCCGCUACCCGGCUUAAUUACCCGUUUCUCCUUUCAUGGCUAAAGAAGAAACCAACUCAGUGGAUCGACAGACUUCGAGUGAACACCCCAACCAUCCAAUUGGUGUGUCAGUUGCACCAGAGCGCAAGAAGCCCAAGCACCACCAGCCCUGCGAGGAUCAAGUUGUUGAACCACACAACCCUUUUGAUGCCGAUCAAGCCGAAUCACAAAGACAGUCUCCAGUCACCCGUGAUGAGUACUCCACCCACGAUGAAACUGAAUUACAGGCUGGGUCUUCUUGUGCAGUGGGGGAUGUCUCAAAAGAACCCAUCAAAACGGAGGCCUUGGCCUCAUCGGAGGAUAGCGGACGCGAGAGGCUGAAGAGGCACCGAGUUGAGGUGGCGGGCAGCGUGGGGAUUCCGGAUAUGUGGGGACAGGAGGAGCUGAUGAAGGACUGGGUUGACUGCUCCGUCUUCGAUGCUUCAUUAGUGACUAGUAGAAUAAUGUCAGCUCGAGCAGCGCUGGUGGCCGAGGGAAGAAGACCUAGUCCAAGCGGACUGAGGAUAGAGAAUAGAUUGCUGAGAAUGAGUUGUGGUUGGCCUCCAAACUGAUCUGUUUAUGUGCACCGGUCGGUGCUUUGCUUAAUCAAUCAGGGAAGUGGGUUACACUUUAUUUUCCCUUUUUGGGAGGGGAUGUAUAUUGCAUUUUGUUUGAUCUUGAUAUGAAGAAUUGGAGCAGGUAAUAUCGACAAUUUUUCCUGUAUGCUGCCCACCAUUGAAGAGGUCGACAAACGAAUGACUAGUUAUCAAAUAGCCGAUGAACAUGAAUAAAUAAUAAACGGAUGAUUUUGAAGCUAUUCACAUGGAUAUUCCCAAACCAUGUUAGUUGGAGGCAGAUCGCGGAUUUCUUGGAGCGAGAUACAUGAAUCAUUCUCCAUUCUCGUUGUUAGAUUUAGGUACAGAAAGAAUACAUGAAUGAUGAAUCCCUCUUUUUCUUUUUUCUUUUUUCUUUUUUUGGACUAAAGAUUAAGAGUCUAUGAAUCUGUUAAAAGAUGAUCUACACUCAUCUGCAAAUACAGGAAUCAUUUUGUGUUGUUCA